CUUCCGGAAUGAUGCACGUGUAGGUGUUUGUAAACAAAAGACUGUCAACUAACUUCGUCUGUUGCAUUCUCACCUUGUUUUAUGUGACAGUAUCUUUUUCUACGUCAACAUGUCUUCAGUUGCACGUUAUCUAACCAUGAACAACGGCCUAAAGAUGCCAUCAGUCGGUCUAGGAACGUAUCUCUUGAAACAGGACACUUUAAAACAAGCACUGGACUAUGCACUCUUUCUAGGUUACCGUCACAUUGACACAGCCCUUACGUAUGAAAAUGAAGUGGAAAUUGGAGAAGUAAUCCACGAACGAAUUAAAGCAGGUAGAUUGAAAAGAAGUGAAGUAUUUGUGACAACUAAAGUACCUUCAAUAUAUCUCAGCAGAGAUGCAGCCAUUAAAAGUACAGAAUUGUCCUUAGAAAACCUUAAACUGAAGUAUGUAGAUAUGCUUCUGAUACACCAUCCCUGGGGCGUUGCUAACAUAGAACCGUUUAACUCAAAGGAGGAGAAAGAGCUGUGUCAGUACAACAUAUUGGAGACCUGGGAUGCCUUUGAACAUGUGCAAAAUCAGAAUUUGACUAAAAGUAUAGGGUUGUCAAACUUCAACCCAUCACAAAUUCAGAAGAUUUGGGACAAGGCGGAUGUGAAGCCUGCAAAUCUACAACUUGAGCUGCAUGCAUACUGGCAGCAAAAUGUCCUACAGAAAGUUUGCUGUGAGAAAAAUAUCAUCAUGACGGCAUAUGCUCCAUUAGGAGCCCCAUUUAAGAGUGAUAUGACAAAAAGUAUGCCAAAGCUAUUAGAAGAUCCAUUGAUUAUUGCAAUAUCGGAGGAAUAUGGGAAAAGCCCUUCACAAAUCUUGCUGAAUUUCUUGCUGCAAAAGAACAUUGGUGUCUUGCCAAAAAGUCAGAGUAUGGAGAGAAUCAAAGAAAACUUUGAAGUGCUUGACUGGAAAAUUACACAGAUGGAUUGUGAAAGAAUAGAAAAGUUGGACAACACUGUGAAGUACUUUCCUUUUGAAUGGGCUCAUGCUCAUCCUGAUUUUGACAAAAAUCAGCCUUUCUAAUUCUGAAAUAGUAUGUUGUGUUGAACUGACAUAAGAAGGAUUUCAGAUUCUCUGGAAUUUUCCAAGACAAUUCUGCAUGAUCACAAAAGAGACAUCAAGGUUGGGAUGGAGGUCUAAUAUAUACAUGGAAAAAUACUAACAUGAAAUUAUUUAAAUACUAACAUUGGUGCAUAAUUCCGUAAUGGCUGAUGAUUAAAAUUUUCAGUUUGAACUUGAUGACAUUUCCACUAAGCAUAGCUCAUUAAACACACGGUAUUAUCAUCACAUAUCAGGUUUAUUUUACAUUUAAUGCAUAGUUUAUCCCUGCUGUUAUAAAGAAGGAUUGUUUGAACUUAUGUUUGACAGUUCUCAAAUUACGAUACGAUAGUUUGUAUCUGUUUAGUUUCACCCAGGGUGGUAGGGAAGCCUAGUUGUUAAAGUAUUCAGUUGUCAUGCCAAACACCCGAUAUACAGCCCAUUCCAGGUUCCCCUGUCAUGAUAUUGCUGGAAUAUUACUGAAAGUGGCAUAAAACCUUACUGACUAGUUUCCCUCCUGUCUGUGUCUUGCACACUUCAGUUUUGAUAUGUGAGUCAGCCAAGUUAAUGGUGAUAUACCAGGGCUUGAUUUAGUGCCUUGUUACUUGCACUAGUACAACCUAAUAUUUGGUAACCUAGCAUGGUCAUGUCAGCUCAUUUCUUCUUCUUGUUCUAGAGGUAAUAUUCACAUGUGUUAUUCCCUUGAUUACCUUUGGAGAAGUUAAAUGCAUGUAAUGUAGUCAACUGCAGAUUUCAUGAUGUAGUUGUACUUGAUCUGAAUGUGCCAUUAAGCAACCAGUACACACUGUAUUACACUGACUGCAGGUUUGGGACUCGUGAAGAUCCGGUGUAGCAGGCCAUUUCUUCCCCGGUCUAAACUUCCCCCGGGAUGAAUCUGGCCUAGGCCAAACUUUCCCCGGGGAGGUUUUGUCCUAGGAUAUUCUUACCCCAGGGAAAGUUUGGGCUAGGCUAAAGUUCCCCCACCCCUAGGCUAAACUUUCCCCCUGU